GGAGCUGGGGAUGCUGUCCAUCUAUUACACCUACAUCUUCACCUCUCUGGAGUUUCCUCUCCUCCAAUUGGAAGAUCUGGUUGACGAGCGGGUGAACAUUGUGGGGUUCUCUGUCUUCAACUGGACACACCCCUUAUUCCAGGACUUCGUUCUGAGCCUGAAUCGAUCCUGGCAAGAGAACUGUGACCACGCCCCCUUCGCCGGCCCGCCGCUUUCCUCAGCUCUGCUAUACGAUGCAGUCUACGCUGUGGUGACCGCGGCACACCAGCUCAACAAAAGCCAGGAGAUUGGAGUCAAGCAGCUCUCUUGCAAGUCAUCCCAGAUCUGGCAGCACGGGACCAGCCUAAUGAACUACCUGAGGAUGGUAGAAUUGGAAGGUCUAACCGGCCACAUCGAAUUCAACAGCAAAGGUCAAAGGUCAAAUUACGCCCUGCAGAUAAUGCAGAACACGAGAGAAGGGCUAAGGCAGAUCGGACAGUGGCAUUCAGAAAAGGGUCUGACCAUGGAGAAGAAGCUGCACACCCUCAACGUCUCGGACACCCUGUUCAACACCACCCUCAUCAUCACCACCAUUCUAGAGAACCCAUACGUGAUGCUGAGACCCAAGCACCAGGAGCUGGAGGGCAACGAGAGGUACGAGGGCUUCUGCGUAGACAUGCUGAAGGAGCUGGCAGACAUCCUCAAGUUCAACUACAAGAUCCAGCUGGUGGGGGACGGGGUGUACGGUGUGUCGGAGGCCAACGGAAGCUGGACCGGCAUGGUGGGCGAGCUCAUCUCACGGAAAGCAGACCUGGCCGUGGCAGGGCUGACGAUCACCGCUGAGAGGGAGAAGGUGAUAGACUUCUCCAAGCCCUUCAUGACUCUGGGGAUCAGCAUCAUGUACCGAAUGCAUUUGAGCCGCAGGCCGGGCUACUUCUCCUUCCUGGACCCUUUCUCUCCGGGGGUCUGGCUCUUCAUGUUGCUGGCCUAUCUGGCUGUGAGCUGCGUUCUCUUCCUAGUAGCCAGGCUGACCCCCUACGAGUGGUACAAUCCCCACCCCUGCCUGAAGGGGCGCUGUAACCUGCUCAUUAACCAGUACUCCCUGGGGAACAGCCUGUGGUUUCCAGUAGGGGGGUUCAUGCAGCAGGGCUCCACCAUCGCCCCCCGAGCCAUCUCCACGCGCUGCGUCAGCGGGGUCUGGUGGGCCUUCACCCUGAUCAUCAUCUCCUCGUACACGGCUAACCUGGCCGCCUUCCUGACGGUGCAGCGGAUGGAGGUGCCCAUCGAGUCUGUGGACGACCUGGCCGAUCAGACUGCCAUCGCGUACGGCACCAUGCACGGGGGCUCCACCAUGACCUUCUUCCAGAACUCCAGGUACCAGACGUACCAGCGCAUGUGGAACUUCAUGCACUCGAAGCAGCCCAGCGUGUUUGUGAAGAGCACAGAGGAGGGCAUCGCCCGGGUCCUCAACUCCAACUAUGCCUACCUGCUGGAGAGCACCAUGAACGAGUACUACAGGCAGCGCAACUGCAACCUCACCCAGAUCGGAGGGCUGCUCGACACCAAGGGCUAUGGCAUCGGCAUGCCCCCAGGCUCGGUCUAUCGUGACGAGUUUGACCUCGCCAUUCUCAAACUCCAAGAGGAGAACCGCCUGGAUAUUCUCAAGAGGAAGUGGUGGGAGGGGGGCAAGUGUCCCAAAGAGGAAGACCACCGAGCCAAAGGGCUGGGAAUGGAGAACAUUGGUGGUAUUUUCGUGGUGCUGGUGUGCGGGCUGCUGGUGGCUGUCUUCAUGGCGGUGCUGGAGUUCAUCUGGAUGAUGAGGAAGACGCCAGGGACGGAGCUGUCGGUGUGCGAGGAGAUGUUUCUGGAACUGCGCGGGAUCAUCCUGUGCCGGGACAGUCUGCAGCUAAGGCGGCGGCGAGGGGGCGGGGCCGUGAGGUCCAGGCCCCUCCCCCUGGAGGAGCGGCGUGCCAGGGCGGCGGCAGCAGCGGGCCUCAGCAACGGCAAGCUGUGCGGGGGGAGCGUGCCCGAGCCGCUGGCACACAGACUGGCGCAGGAGGCCUCCUUGGUGGCGCAGGGCUGCACUCACAUCCGCGUGUGUCCCGAGUGUCGCCGAUUCCAGGGGCUUCGCGCCCGGCCAGCAGGAGGCAGCUCCUCUCCCAUACACAGCGAGGCGAGCAUAGAGUGGGAGAAAAUGACCAACAGCAGCGAGCCGGAAUAGAACCCAAACUCCCUUCCUCCGUGCCUCCCUGCCUGCCUGCCUGCCUGCCUGCCUGCCAGCCAGCAUCAGGGACAGGGGAGUGGGGAUUAAAGCUGAAAAAAAAAAAAAAAAAAAAGAACAAAGCAGAAAUGCCUUGCAGCAGCAGCUUGAUAGCGGUGGAACUACUAGUCGCACAGACUGAGAGAAUUACACUUUUGAAAGGCACAAAGCUAGCUGGGUGACCCUGCCACCAUUACCAAGGACCUCCUUAAGUCCAGCGCUGCUGCUCCUCCAUUUGCUGCGAGAUGAGAAUGAGUUAACGACCCCCCCUGCUGGGGGAAUGUGGAGGUGACCGGCUAUGACUAAGCUUGAGGAAACACUUGGGAUAACCUGCCCUGUGCUGUAACCUGACCGGCAGAACUGCCUUCUGUUAACAAAACAAAGGAUCCUAACUGGGAUGCUCAGAUUCUGAUUCUGCCAAUGAACAGGGCAAAGCUUCUUUGGCAGUACUGAAAAACACCCUUAUGAGAAGUCCCCUGGAUAUAAUGAAUAAUCAUGCAUUUUUCAGCUAAAUAGAAGACAGCUACUGUGCGUUACUAAAAUAGGGGCUUUUUUUCCGACAUAUUUUUUUAAGAGAUCUGAGGAUUUUUUCAAAGCUUGAAAAAAAAACAAAAAAACAACAACAUUAUAAUAACAAAUGAAUACUUGCAUAAAUUAAAGUGCCAAAAAAUUCAGAACCGCCUCUCAGAGAGGCCUUGGUAUAGAAGGACAGUGGAGAUGGCUCUUCCACGUCCAAGUGUUUUUUUUUUUUUUUUGCAAACUUCUGGCCUUGCGAUGAAACCGAGGAACAAGCAAGAUAGGACGAUGCAGCGUUUGUUUGUUUUUUUUUGUUUUUUUUUAAAUAAAAUCAAAAUUUUGAGGAAAUAUUUUUUUGAAAGACAACAAUGAAAUGGGGUCAUUCCAGGGGUUACCUGAAAGUUCAGGUUUAGCUUUGCUUUGUUGCCUUCAGAGUUUCGACAGAAUUUCAGGAAUUUCUACAGCUUAAGAGUGGCGCUUGUUUAGGUGCUGCCUUAUUCUGGACCUUAUUAUUCACAUUGCCUUAGAACGUGUUUUGAUCCUCUCAUUCAAGCGGCCCUGCUUACAGAACCUCAAGGGGUGUUUUUUAAGAGCAAGGGCAUUUAGAUUAAUCAAAGUUCGACUGCUUUAGACAGACUUGGAGACUCGUUCUCAUUUUUCAAAGCUCUGUCUAACCAGAGAGAAUGUUCCCUAAAACAGUCUUUAAUGUUGUAUUAAUAGCACCCAACAUUAACCCAGCCGUGCCCUUCAUUACACUGAUAGAGCAUCCUCAGUACUUUGUGCACUCCUGUCCUCUGCAGCCCUCAUCUUCCCAGUCACCACUCACUUCCAGCCAUGCAUAUAAGGAUCAGUAGCUGUCUUCUGAUGCAUUGCUUAAAAACAUGCACACUGUGCCUUGGGUUCAGUUGUCAUCUUACAGGUGGCACAGAUGAUCACAAGACACAUAUUGAAUCAAGACAUGCCUGCUUUAUUUCCUUGAUAGCCCUCAUGAAGCUGUACUGCUUUCAAAAUAUAGUGUAUGUUGUUAGUGUGGGGCAUGGGUACAGCCGUCUUUGCAUGUGAUCCAACAGCAGGAGUCUUUUUUAAAACAUGCCUCUUGUUUGAUGGAGACAGGGUUACAGUGUAGGCAUGUAUAGUUUGCCACACCUAGUUUUCUGCUUGCCCUGACUCUAUACAAAGGGGGUGACCCCUGAAAUGAUUGAAAGAUUUCCCGGUGCCAUUGUUGUACACAGAACUCUCAGCUCUGUCAGCUCUUUCCUGAACUCUAUAUCUUGGGUUUUGUCCUGCAUUAGGGAUAGUUCAAAGGGGUGCUGUUUUGAGUAAAUAUCAUGCUUUGGAUCUGUUGCGUUGAUUGACUGAUAGAUUUCUGUUAAGCACAUACAAGAACUAUCCGUAUUUAGGCUUCUGUUUUUCAAGGCAGCCACAAACCUGUCCCUAAAAAUAGAGAAACAAGUGUGACCCGGCACCACAAAAACAGCAAGAUCAGUGGCAUUCUAAUGACUCAUUCUGUCACUAGAAGUCCCGGUCAACUCCACCCCCAGAGCCCAGUCCAGGUUUUAAUGCGGAGAGCAGGAAGCUGGCUGAGCGCUCAGAGCCCUGUUGUGUAAUUGUAUGAGUGUGAUUUGUAUUAUUUUUUAUAACAUUGUGGAGCUAGUUGAUAUCCAUUUCAAAAAACAAAACCACAUGGGAUUCCAACGCAGGUAAGGAAAUACGUUGUCCACUUUUUUGACAACCCGGGGAGAAAGUCGUCCCUUCCUAGUUUUAUAAAAAAGCUUUCCUCCUGUACUCGUGCAUACAGAAUAAAAUGUAAGUCUAGAACUUGAUUGGUGACACAGUUAAUAAUUCACUUUGAUUUACUUUUGCUCCUGUGAAGAUAUGUCUGAGGCACUGGCUUCCUCAUAGCCAGCAAAUCUAUCUUCUUAAUCUCAUCAGAAAAGGAUCUGACCCGUUCACAUGGGUAAUUAACAGCGUUACUAUACAUUACCUCAUCUCAACAGCAGGGGUCAGCAUUACCACCUUCACCUGCCAUGGCAAAACCUUGCCCAAUUUCUUUCUUCAAGGGAAAACAAACGGUCAGGGCUUCUGGGUAUAUACUGUACUAUACAUCUCAGAAUGUUAAUUGAACAACCAAAAAAGCUGCUUGAUUUAAGGAAGGCUUAUUUUAGGUUUGCCAUACUUGUUCAGUAAAAAAAACACUCCAUAAAGGUGCAUGGGGUGCUGUGCGGAUAGUUGUAAACACCCCUUCAUGGAGCUUGCUAGUUAUACAGCCAGCCUCAUUCAUUAAGCAGUAGUAGGUAAACAGUAACAGGGCUUCUGCUUCUGCAGGUUACUGAAAUAAUCCACCUACUGUGGCGAACAUUAAUGGUACAGAAGAUGCAUUUCUCUGUGAAGGAGGCUGCAGCCACCCUGGGGUUACCCCUGAAAACCAGCAGUUGAUGCACUCCAAGAAGAUUCACCAGUGCUGUAAAACACUCUUAAAAAUCCAGCUGUGGCGUACAGGCUAAUCAGAUCAAGUGCUUUUUACAACCCAAUUUAGACCACUGACCGUGCUGAUAGGCACACCUUUUACAAUCCAUGCAAAGCAAUUUAAAGACCAAUCUCAAGAUUUAAACACUAUUUUGCCACCGAGCUCUUACCCCAUUUGAUAAAGCAGCUCUUGUAUUUUUCAUAUCCAUUCUCAAAAAGAGAGGGAGGGGUUGCUAUUUGGUUUCCCGAUGAUUCUAUGCAAUUUCGUGUUGUAAAAUUAACAAAUAAAUCAGAUAGAAGAACAAAAUUAAAAAAAAUAAAAAAAAUGAGUUCUGGAGCGUGGAACACAAGUGUAGGUUUGCAGGUGAAAUGAUCAGACGUUAAUCCUGUGCUUUUGUUUUCAAACCAUUUCUGUUGAAUGUAAUAAACAA